GUCAGUCAUACGAGAAGGGGGGAAAAACAUUCCGAGGAGUCGCCUUUGGCUUUAUAUGUUUGCAAACGUCUGAUUUUAGUUUCUCAUACUUUCCCUUGAAACUAUUGGUCUCGUUUAAAAAAGAAAACAAGCGGUUUCUUAAAGAAAUCCCGUCGAAACAUUUUAGUCAGGUUGUUGCCUUCCAAGUUGUUUGUAGGCUGCAGCGUUGUGCAGGCCCACGAUCAACGUGUGUUUUAUCAGCCAGCAGAGUUGACGAACUUUUUAAAGUAAUCUCAGUGAACGGAGAAGCUGUCUACUGUUCUAUUUCUGCAGAGCAAUGGCAGAAGCCAGCAUUUCUGUUGCUCAAGAUCAGUUCAGCUGUUCAAUCUGUCUGGAUCUCCUGAAGGACCCAGUGACCAUCCCCUGUGGCCACAGUUAUUGUAUGAACUGCAUUACUGAAUACUGGAAUCGACGUGAUCUGUCGAUUAAUAGCUGCCCUCAGUGCAGACAGACCUUCACUCCAAAACCUGCCUUAAACAAGAAUGUGAUGUUGGCAGAAAUGGUGGAGAAAGUGAAGGCGAUAAAAGUCCAAACAGUUGACCCUGCUCCCAGUUACGCUGGACCUGGAGAUGUGGAGUGUGAUGUUUGUAAUGGGAGAAAACGCAAAGCUGUUAAAUCCUGCCUAGUGUGUCUCGAAUCUUACUGUCAGUGCCAUUAUGAGUCUCACGAAGAAUCUCGUUCAAAGAAGCGACAUAAGAUAACUGAUGCCACUAGACGAAUCCAGGAUAUAAUCUGCUCCAAACACGACCGACUGCUGGAGGUUUACUGUCAUUCUGAUAAGCAAUGUAUAUGUUUAAUGUGUGUGAUGGAUGAACACAAAAAUCACGAUAUUGUUUCAGCUGAAGCAGAGAGAGCUGAGAAACAGAAACAGGUUGAAGAGAUGGUCAUAAUAUUACAGAACAAAAUUCAAAAGAGGCAAAAACAGCUGCAAUACUUGAGAACAUCUAUGAAGCAUCGCAUGACCUCAGCACAGAGAACAGUGGAGCACUGCGAGAAGGUUUUUUCUCAACUCAUCCAGUCCAUCGAGAGAAGUCGAUCUGAGGUCACACAGAUGAUCAGAGAUCGAGAAAAGGAGGCAGCGAGUCGAGCCAAAGAACACGCGAAACUACUGGAGCUGGAGCUUGAUGAUCUGAAGAGGAGAAACUCUGAGCUGGAGAAGAUUUCUCACACAGAUGAUCACAUCUACUUUCUACAGAAUUUCCAGUCCGUUUCUGUCCCUCCUGGAUCUAAAGCUUCUGGCUUUUUCGGCUCUUAUUUUAAUGUGAAACCCUCCUUGUCUGUCUUACAAAGCAAAGUAGAGGAUUUCUGCAAACUGGAGAUGGAAAAGUUUUCUGCUGGAGGAAGAUUUAGCAAAAUACUGCAUGUGGCUGAUCCCAAAACCCGUGAGGACUUCUUACAGUAUUCCCAUCAGUUUACUCUGAAUUCAGAGUCGGUGCAUAACCACCUCAGUCUGUCAGAGGGGAAGAGAGGAGCUACUUUCACUUCUACACUCCACCAGUAUCCAGAUCAUCUGGACAGAUUUGAUGUCUGGCCUCAGGUGUUGUGCAAGGAGAUUGUGUGUGGACGCUGUUACUGGGAGGUGGAGUGGAGCGGGAAUCAUGGUGUGGGAUUAUCAGUGUCGUAUAAGACCAUCUGCAGGAAGGGACGAGGUAUCGAGUGCAAGUUUGGAAGCAAUGAUCAGUCCUGGAGAUUGUUCUGCUCUGCCUCUAAAUGCAUAUUCAGUCACAACAAUGACAGAACUGAACUCCCUGUAGUCUCCAACUCCAGAAUAGGCGUGUAUGUUGAUCAGAGAGCAGGGAUUCUGUCCUUCUUUAGCGUUUCUGAUUCAGAGAUGAGCCUCAUACACCGAAUCCAGACCACAUUCACUCAACCGCUCCAUCCUGGGUUUAUUUUAAAUCCGCAGUCAUCUGUGAAACUGUGUAAUCUAGGGUUAUAGUCCGUUUACAGCAUCCGCAGAUCAUCGCAAACUAAUUUAAUUGUGGAAUACGGUUAAUUGUGGAAUAUUGAUUAAUUCAAUAAUGCACGCAGUGCAUGUAAAUCUGGAUUAAAGUAAAGACAGUAGCAUUACAUGUGGUAUCACUUUAUUUUGAUAGUCCAAAUUUAAGCUACAUUGCAUCUACAUGACUCAUAAUUCUCAUUAGGGUUAAUGUAAGUUGACAUGUACUUGCAAAGUUUCUUAUAGCCAGUCAAAUGUCUGUUAAAGGAGCAUUAGCAAACAGUCUAGUAAUACUCUAAUGAGAAUUAGUUGGCAUGUAGUUGCAAUUCAACUUUUAGUCAACAAAAUGUGCAAUCGGAAAAUCAAAAUAAAGUCUUACCUUACAUUUUUAUGUAACUAAAUCCUUGAAUUCAUUCUCUUAUACAUUAUCUUUAAAGUAAAAGGAAAACAUUGAACACUUUCACUGAUAAAUCUCUGGAUUUAGUUUAUUGUGAUAAUUCAGCUUGUAAAUGCAGCACACUUUGAACCUGCACUGCAAACAUUGUAAAGUACAUACAGUAAGACAAUCCGACCUUUAGAUAUGAUCAUAGUUUUUUAAUUAAUAAUAUAAAUAUCUUAUACUUUAAUACAACAGAGGUUUUAGUCAGGUGAUACCAACUGGCUGAUGAACAUUGUAAUUUGUGCAAUUGUUUUCAGAUAAACACACUAUCCAAAACAAAAGGUGCUCAGGGGGAGCUCAAACAAUGUGCUGGUGCUCUUUGGGCAAGAGAUUCAUCAAUGCAAACAAUGAAAAUCUGUCCAAGGCACUCAAAAAAUGUGGAAGAAAUAUUAAAAAGUCUUUAUUCACAUGGCUAAUUUUUUAAAAACUUGCGCGUUUCAACAGAGAGCUGCCUUCAUCUGAGUAACGCCGAAACGGCAGGUAUUUUAAAGAUUAGCCAUGUGAAUGAAGGCUUUUUAAACACACUUACUAAUUUAAUUAAUUGCCUGCCUGCCUUGCCGUUCUUUAUCUCGCCAUGCUGAAAGAGUCUAGUUAUUUUAAAUGGCUCAUAAUUACUUUUUAUAUUUUUGUAUUAGGCUACUUUUAUAAAUGACCAACUACAGCCAAUCUAAUCAACAAAAAUAAAUCAAAAACCCAAAACCUCUCUCUUAUUAUCAAUAUCAGCUUCUGACAUUUGCAUUUGUUCAUAAUUCAUGUCUUAAUAACUUUAAAAAUAUCUUAAAUUCUCAAUCUUAUACAAAUUUAAUGCAAAAGAUUUUUUUUUUGUGAAUAUUAACAUUUAAUAUUUGCCUUAUUGUGUUUUUACUUGAUGUUCAGUUUUAUUCUUUACUAAAAUAUGCUGCUUGUUUAGUAGCUUUAAGUGUUGCAUUAGUUUGAUUAAAAAAAGCCAGAUAUUCAUUACGUCAUUUGUGUCGGUGAGGUGUUGUUGACUGUAAAUCUGGAAAUGCACUUAUGUUAUGUUUGGUGAUGUUUUACAUAUUGUUUUAUUGUCAACUAAAAGAUAAAUACAAACAUUUUUUAAUAAACGUUAAACAUUAUCUCA